AUAUUAUUAUAUGGUGCUCCGUAUAUCUUUCUGCCAAUCCAUACAAAGAAUGGGGACAUUUCAUAUAAGUUAACGAACCGUCCUUAAACCUUGUGUCGAAGAUAAUGCUAUUUUGUUGUAUCUGCACGACAUGGCUUACAACCAGAUCGCCGAGUGUUUUGCAGAAUAUGCAAUUGGCACUUGCUUCCUGCUACUCCGGCUCUUUUCCCGAGUGAGGAUGGCUGGAAUGUGCGGCUUGCAGUUGGACGAUGCGUUUGCUAUUAUGGCUAUUAUCUUCUUCACCCUCCAGACCGCUAUUAUCUACUUUCUUGGCGUAUUCGGGAAUAACAUCGGCCUCAACUCCGUCACCGCAAUGCAAGUCCCAGACAGCCAAGUGCCCAAACUAGAACUCGGUUCGAAGCUGGCUUUCAUGAACUGGAUCUGGUAUAUGUGCUAUAUCUGGUGUCUCAAAGGUGUCUUGCUCUGUCUAUACAACAAACUCACACAAGGAACUCGACGACAACAUCUAGUCUGGGCCGCGUCAGCAUUCUGUUUCAUGACAUGGCUAGUGUGUAUUUUGACGCAUAUCUGCAUCUGCACGCCGCUUUCUCGUAACUGGCAGAUCAAGCCCUACGUCGGAGACUCUUGUACAAUCCGCGGCCCACUAUACAUUGUCAUUGCCGUCAUGAACGUCGUCUCCGACAUCAUCAUCAUCCUAAUCCCGAUCCCCAUUCUCAUCAAACUCCAAGUCCCAUUGCACCGCAAGGCAAUCCUCACCGCCAUGUUCUCCUCCGGCAUCUUCAUCAUGAUCUGCACUAUCCUCCGCGCGUAUUACUCCCUUCAAUCCCUGACGACUCUCAGUAUCGCCCUGGGCUGGGCGAAUCGUGAAUGCUUCGUUGCUGCUAUCGUUGUCUCGUUACCGGGGAUCAAGCCGUUGUUCCGGAACACUCGCUGGAUCGGGUCGAGUAAUCGUGGGAAGCAGUAUAACUACACAGGUCCGUCGUCGUCGGGGUAUAAUGGUUUUGGGUCGAAGGGUUCUGGGAAUACGAAGACGUAUAUUACGUCGUUGGUCAGUAGUAAUCGCACGGGACAUGUUGAGUUGCAUGAUGUGCCAACGACUACGGCGACGUUGGGGGAUAGAGAUAGUGGUGAUGCGAAGAGGGCAUCAACUGCGAGCAAGGAGUUGAUUCUGAACAACAACAGUACCCAUGUCAGGGCACAUAAUGAGGAAGCUGGGUCUGAGUCGACGGGGUCAGGGUCAGGGGAGAAUCCUUCGCUUGCUAUUCGAGUCACCACCGAGUAUACUCUGGCGCAUGAAGCUGGGGCUCGACGGUUGCAGUGAUUUCUUUUCUUUGUGAUAUCACUUUCUAG